CGAGCGUCAUUUGUACGUAAUGGAGUCGAUGUUCUUUUCGACAAGUUGUAAUUGAAAUAAUUAUAUAAUUUUGGACGAAAUAUCACAUAAAACUGUUUGUUAUUGUGUAUUACUGGAUUGCAGUGAAUGGUUAUAGAUAAUAUAUGGAUACCAUAAGCGUUAUUAAGCUUUCAAACAACCUCGUUUUAUCAAUGAACGAUGAUCGUCUUUAUAUAAAAGCAAUUGUGGUGCGCGAGCAACGCAUAUUAUAGUUUUGGCUGCGAACCAGGACAAGUGUUAAUGGUUUUGAGGGGGCAUCUCUGUGGACCACAGUUAGAUGAAGGUAUGGCCUCAGAUCAACCUGUGAAGAAGAAACAGAGGAUAGACGCGCCAGAUAUCGACGAGGGUAGCGAUAGAUCCACAGAGGAUGUGCUCACUGACAUAUUUGAUGCUGAGACUACCCCAGCGGAAACAUCUGAGGAGUUCCCAUCCAGGAAUGGUGAGUCACCUGACAGCGGAACCGUCAGCGAGGAUGCCGUUGACUGUUCCAGCCUCCUGAGACUACCCAGUGACACCAAUGUGGAAAUUAUACCAUCCUGUUCCAAUUCAACUCCACAUUGGAGCUCGGAAGAUGAUAAACUGCUUGCCGAGUUGAGAAUACUACAGGAUGCUCUUGUUGGUCAGUGUUUAUGUAGAUUUAAUGAUACUGCAGUAACUCAACUCUUUGACAGACAACUCAAUAUUGUUUCUUGGCCUCUGACAUGUUCGCUCACAUAUUUAUCUACGAUGCAGCUUAUGUUCGAUAUAUAUUUAAAACAAAACAGUACAGGCACCAUUUGUUCAAAAAUAAUGCAAGCAUGUGACAUAUUUGUUAGAAAUAGGCACGAUUGGAUAACGGAGGUUGUUGAGUUGGCAGAUCAUAAGAGUAAAUUCAUAACAUUUGUAGCUUGUAGGGUAUUAGCUAGCUUUCUAAUAGUCUCCAAGGACACGGUGGAUGAGAACUGGCUACAACAAAUUGCUGAAAACAUUUACCUGUUUGAUAGAAUCAACAGGAUCACAGUACAAAAAAUUAACUUCAGUCUAGAUAUUAUAAAGAGGAUAGUUGAGUGGAAGGAUGUGGAACAACAUCCUUUAGAAGACAGUAGUUAUAUUAAUUCAGCAGGGACCAUGCAAGUUCAAGAAGAUAAUCCGUUUAGGAGUAGUGUUGGUUAUGGUGGUAGCAGCAGUGGUGACAUGCCUUCAAGUUCCCACAGUAACUUGCAUUGUGCAUUUUCUAAUUUACAAACACAUGGUGCACCAUCCACAUCUUCAGAGCAGGAGGGUUCAUCAACGUUCAGACUAAACGAGCCAGUAUUAAAGCUGUCAUCUCCUGACCAAAGAGAGAUGGAGCAAUCUGAGUCACCUGAACCUCCUCAGUCAAGGAUAGAAAGAGUGAACGAACAUGGUUGUGUCACUGUCAUACUCACCGACUCUGAAUCCUUUGACACGUCUCACAUAAAAUGCCUAACAAUAAAAACGCUAGAGCAUCACUGGCCUGUGCUAGUAAAAAAUAUGAAGCUUCUUCUUCUAAGGUACCUGAAUUUAGCAAAUGCUGAAAAUUGUAUACUAACCUUUUUCUCGUUAUGGGAGAAUAUUAUAAGUGUGAAAGCGAAUCUCUCAGUUAUAGACACUAAACCGUUUUAUGCUGACUUGCAGGGCUUUGUAGACUUGUUAAGAAAUACCGUGCUGCCCAGUCUAAUAUAUACUCAUUUACUAAGUUUGUUCAAUGAAGUUCUGUGUUAUGGCUCUACUUUAGCACUUCAAGAUAUUUUGCCUGAGGAGAUAUGCUGCCUGGCACACUCUAUCGUGAGAUUUGUCAAAGACUUCAGGUUACUAAGUGAUGUAAGGGUACAAACAAGUAGAAGUGGUUUUGGAUUCUUAGGUCAUGAGUGCACAAUUCUAAGAGAUUAUUCAUUAGCACCAGCAAUUGCACCUUUGUCGUCUUCAAUACAACUGGUAGACCAGAACUAUGGGGAGGAUGAGGAUGAGCAUGACGAAUCGCAAUCAAGGAGUGAGGUUGAUAAAACAAUGCUACAGAGAAUGUCACUAUUAGUACUGAAAUCUGUAGCUGUUACUGUAAAAGAAAUGCGAUGUGAUUCCUCUGACAGCUCAAUAGACUCUUCAGACUACAAUGCAAUACAAGAUAUGCAGAUUGUCGAAAGAUCUAUUCGCGAUGUUCUUAAAAAGCUUGAUGUUUUUAUCAGAAAUAGUUUAGAAUUCCAUCCAGAGACUCCUUUUACGAAAAUGCUGAUACAUUUGUUUAGCGAGCAGGAUGAUUACUUGAUUGAAUCAAUGGUGUGUACUCUUGAUAUUACUGUUGGUAUUGUGUACAGAAACUCGAUGUAUCCUGACCUAAUACCAAUGCUGAACCCUAUAUCUUCGUUCAUAGAAUUCCUGAAGGUUGUGUCACAUGAUAGCGAUGUGUUACUUGAUUAUUUAGUGAGCAACGAGACAUGUUUCUUGCUAUAUCUGUUGCGAUUCUUGAAAUACGUGAGGAGGAACUGGCCGAAGUUUUUGGAGACUUGCCAGCAAGCGGACUCUGGGGGCAGCAGAGGUCUGGAUGAUACGAUGAGGGUUCUGAUCCGAUUGAGGUUACAGAUCAGCAGACUGGUUUCAAAGUCUCUGUUCCCAUACAAUAUAAGUCCCGUGCUAAGAUUGUUAGAGGUCUGCGAAAGUUUGUAUGAAGGUAAUGAGUUUAGCUGAAUAUUCAAUAAAUCAUGUCCUGAAUUUUUCACAGCAAACUACAAGUUUAAAGAAAUGCUAGACUUAGACGAGAUAUGAUUUAAAAUGUUGCCAUCUGUAAUUGAAUGUUUCGAUUUUAGACAGCAAAUGGGAUUUUGCAAGCAUAUUGAGUAAACAACUUCUUGUUGUUAAUUCACAACACAAUUCGAACUUUUUGACCUUAGAAAUCUCGAAAUCAUAAUUUCAUGACAUAUGACGUCAUAAGUAAGGUCUAGCAUUCCAUUCUUACAUUGAAAUAAACUAUCUUAUCUACAAAGACUGCCAACUCAUUUAACAUUCCAAACUUUGCUUAGUUAUGUGUAGUAGUUAGCUAUAAUUAAUUUAUAUUAACUUUUAGUGCUGUAACAUUUGUAAUAUUAUGUGUAAUUUUAGUUUAAUCUGUAAUUAUGUGUUACUCAGUCUUCCUUUUAGAGUAUGUUCCUUUAAUGCAAUAUGAUUAAAUAUUGGGACACUGUGCUUAUUUAAUGUACAAAAAAAUAGUUAAACUAAAAUAUUUUUGGUGUUAAACUUUUUGUGCUGGAAAAAUAUUUUUGAUAUUUUAAAUAUUUUGUGCUGAAAAUUUUGCAAUGCAGUGUUCCAAAAAAUGCCCAAUAAUGUGCCUUACCGUUAUGUAAAAUAGGGUGCUCAGUAAUAAUAUUUUUAUGUAGAAAUAAAGUGCUUUUCAAGAAAAUAUUUAUAUAGUAUAUUUAGUGCAACCAUUUUGCAUAAUAGCGUUUAUCAGUAGUCUAAGAUGAUUUUUAGAAUUAAUUUAUUUUAGUUUUUAGUUAUUCGGUUGUAUUAUACAUAUGUUUAGUUUCGAUAUUGCAUAUAAAAUGCGGGUCUAAUACAUUUUGUUUAAAACUAAAUUAUAUUCCAUGCCACAAUGAUGUACAUAAAUGCCAUCAAUUACCAUUUUAUAAGUAAAUGUAAUCAGUAUUAAUACAAUAUCCUAAUUUAUAUCAACAUUAUAAUAUUAAUAAAAUAUUAUUGCUGUUUGGUAAACUUAUUUUUAAUAUCAUUGAAUAUAAGUAUUGUAAAACAUCACCUUAAUUGAGUUUUAACAUAAUCAUUUAAAAAAAACUAUAAUGUUCAUGUAAGUUCCCCAGUGUGAAAACUUGAUUUUUUUCGAAAUAAUUCUUCAUAUCAUAUAAUUGCAUAAUAAAUUGGAAAAUCAAUCAAUCUUCUACUGCUGGACAGAUUUAAAUAAACUUUCAUACAAAAAUACAACAUAAAAAUAUUAUAAAUAAGUUUACUAAGCGACAAACCAUGCUUCGACUACGGGAUCUUAUAUUAUAUAAUAGCUUUAAGUGAUAGAACGACAACAGACUGUUAUGUAGGUAUAAAUGUGUCCAUUUUGUUACUUCCAUGUAGCUAUUAAGAUGUUAUUUUAGUGUUUUUUUUUCAUUGGUUAAUUGAUAUGAUUACUGAAUCUCAAAAUUGUGGACCUCUUAAAUCUGCGAACAGUUUAAAGUCUCAUUAUAAAUAUUUCAGGAUUUUU